UUCCCUCUCGUUGAUGGUUCUUGCCCCCUUCUUUCGCGUUCUUCUGGAGCUUCAUUUCUCUCGCUCCCCCCUCUCCCAUUCUCUCUCUCUUCUUUCGCAUUUUCUUUCUCUAGAUCCUUCUCCUAAAGAGUAAAAAGCUCUACACAGGGAUUGACAAUCAGAAAGACAAAUGGGGUUGACAUUCACCAAGCUUUUCAGCCGGCUUUUUGCCAAGAAAGAGAUGCGUAUCCUCAUGGUUGGUCUUGAUGCAGCUGGUAAGACUACCAUCUUGUACAAGCUCAAGCUUGGGGAGAUCGUGACAACAAUUCCCACCAUCGGAUUUAAUGUGGAGACUGUUGAAUAUAAAAAUAUCAGCUUCACAGUUUGGGAUGUCGGGGGUCAGGAUAAGAUUCGUCCAUUGUGGAGGCAUUACUUCCAGAACACACAAGGUCUCAUAUUUGUGGUGGAUAGUAAUGACAGAGACCGAGUUGUUGAGGCAAGAGAUGAGUUGCAUAGGAUGUUAAAUGAGGAUGAACUACGCGAUGCAGUGUUACUUGUAUUUGCUAACAAACAAGAUCUUCCUAAUGCAAUGAAUGCGGCCGAAAUAACUGAUAAGCUCGGCCUCCACUCUCUCCGACAGCGCCACUGGUAUAUCCAGAGCACAUGUGCAACCUCUGGGGAGGGUCUUUACGAGGGGUUGGACUGGCUCUCCAACAACAUUGCUAACAAGGCCUGAGGUAACACGGACUCAUUGUUGUGGGGGUAUUCCUGGAUGCAGGAUGGUGUUUAUCAGUAUUUCUCUUCCCUUCCUUAGAUGGUUUUCAGCUGUGAAUUUCAUUUUUCCUAAAGGCGUUUUGCUCUUGUUAGGUUCUCUCAGUCAAUGGCUGUGUCUACUUCAUGGUGGUUGGAUAUAUGUACUUGAAAGAGUUUGCCUAGGUUUUAAUAUAAUAUGCUUAUACUAGUUUCUAAUACUGUUUUCGUGUUGACCUCUCUUCUUCGAAAGUUGUUUAGUGUGAGGCUAUUUUUAUGUCGACUCUCUUGUUCGGAAAUUGUUUAGUGAAAGACUAUUUUCGUGUUUGACA